UCCCCGCCCCUCUCUGUCUUUGCUGGGCGUCAGACUACCGUGGUGAACAAUCAUGACCCCACGGCAGACUUCAUAAAGAGGGAGUGAACACUUGACGCACAGAUGAUACAGGACAGGAGCGACACUUGGGGAAUAGACUGGCAAAAUGUCACACAUAAAGUCUUCGCUGAUGCCAUUUGAUGUGGAGAACCUGCGUAGAAGAUCCUCGACUGAUUUAGAGCACUCUGGAGAUCCUGAACAGCAUCCACAUGUUCCACGACGACAGUCCCAAACUGAUUGGCUCUGUGUUGGCCCCCAUCAUCCAGAGCUAGGCGCAGUGGAGACACCCUCCCCAGAUGCUUCUGCCCACUACUUCUGUCACUUCACACCCAAAUGUUUCCUCACCGUCCCCAGAGGAGGACACGGCACCUCCAGAUCUUCUCUGUCUCGGUGUGGAGAAGAGAGUUGGCAUGAAAGCACCACAAAGACCACAAUCAGAGCUGAAAAUGAGGUGGAGGCCCAAAGGGAAGCCAACAACUACAAGUUUGGUUUCAGAAAGUGGAAGGGCAAUGUAACGGAGAAGCCCAUUGAAGACCGAUCAGACAUCAUCAAAGGGCUCUACUCUGAUCUUAGCAUUGUUAAGCCUCAAGGAGGCCCAGUGGUCACCUUUGGGAACAUAGUUUAUGUAAUUUUAUUUGGAUGGUGGAUAUCUUUAAUCUACUUUAUCAUUUGUCCUGUAAUGUUUCUAACAAUCUUCGGUGCCCCUUAUGGCAAACUUUGUUUCAAGAUGGCAUGGUACUUUUUUUGGCCAUUUGGGAAGUCGAUAGAAAAGGCCGGGGAUGUAGUUAAGAGAUCCGUUGCAAAGCCUCCAAAGUGUGAGGUCAUUCCUGAAGAGAGGGACAGUGACAACCAUAAGGACCGGGUAAGUGACAAGGACUCCAGGCCCCUUCUGAUGUCUUCCCCAAUCCCUAUUGAGGUCCCAGAACCACCAGCUAGAAAAACUUCAAAGCACUGGUGUCGCGUCAGCACUUGUGUUUGGUUGUUGCUGGGUUAUCCUGUCUUGGCUGUGGUCCACUCCCUGGCCUGUGUGCUCUCAUGGCUGCUGGUCUUCACUAUACCUGUAGCCAAGAUGAAUGCUCGCACACUGACCAUUGUCCUCCUCAUGGCGCCAGAGGACAUUCAGAUUCACAGGCUGGAAAAGCAGACAAUUGAGUGUGAGACCAGAGUCAUCUUAUGCUGUUAUCAAGCUUUCAAUGUGUAUUACUACAAAUACACUGUCCAAGGAAUCAACAUUUUCGCUCUCAACAUGCUUCCCCUGGUAUUAUUCACUCUCAUUAUUGGUUAUACUGACCGUGAACACAAUGUCUGCAGUGCGGAGGCUAAAUUUGCCACAGCCAUCGCUUCCAUCAUUCCUCUAUCCUACUAUAUUGGUAUGGGUAUUGCCAGCAUUUCUGCACAGAGUAACUUUGCAGUGGGAGCGGUGGUGAAUGCAACAUUCGGCUCCAUCACGGAGAUGACCUUCUACAUCACAGCACUACUGCAGGGACACAAUGCUAAGACCAAAUGUUAUGAAGAGGUGGUUAAAUCAGCUCUCACUGGGACCUUGCUCGGGUGUAUACUGUUCGUACCUGGUAUCUGUAUGAUCAUUGGGGGCAUUAAACACCAAGAGCAGCGUUUUAACAGUCGUUCAGCUGGAGUGAGCUCUGCUUUGCUUUUCAUAUCCGUAGGAGGUGUGUUUGCUCCCACUCUCUUCUCCAAGACCUUUGGUAAUCUGAUGUGUGAAAGCUGCACCAAUAUUCCAGGCAAUGCCAGUGUAGCCUUCAUCUGCAAGCAUUGUCACUAUGACACGAGUUCAGCUGACUCACAAUUGAUCCUGUCCCAUAUUGAGCCCCUGGUGUACACGAUUUCUGUGCUGCUGCCUUCUGCAUACCUGAUCGGCCUCAUCUUCACACUGAAAACCCACUCUCACAUCUAUGAUAUCCAUAUCAGCGAUGGUCAAGGGGGCCAUGCACACGGUGGUCAGUAUGCACAAGAGGGUACCAGCAACUAUCACCCCACUGGUGAGGUCCCCACUGGCCAUCUCCUUGCAGCCAACACAUGUAUUAAUGCCAGCAUUGUUUCCACCAGCCACAUUGCAACAGCAGGUCAUCAUGUAGUCCACUGGUCCCGGUGGAGGGCUCUUGGAGUGCUGAUUGUUUCCACGAUAUUGAUGGCCUGCUGCGCGGACCUCAGCACGGAGAACAUUGAGCCUAUUUUGACCCAUUCCCGCAUCUCUCAGUACUUCAUCGGUGUCACAGUGUUGGCCAUGGUGCCAGAGCUUCCUGAGAUUGUCAAUGGGAUCCAAUUUGCACUGCAGAACAACAUCAGCCUGAGUCUUGAAGUGGGCAGUUGCAUUGCUGUGCAGGUCUGCAUGAUUCAGAUUCCACUGCUUGUACUCUUCAAUGCCUUCUAUGAUGUUGGAUUUGUGCUUGUGUUCAGUGAUAUUCAUCUGUGGGCCAGCAUCUUUAGUGUCAUUCUGGUCAACUACAUCUUCAUGGAUGGAAAAUGUGACUACUUUCAGGGCACUGCUCUAGUGGUGGUCUACCUCAUCCUUUUGGCCCUUUACUUCUUUGCUCCAUCUCCACGCUCUUGUUGAUCUGCUUGCCAAGAAAAAUCCUAUAAAAAUGCAUUAGUCCUUCAUCUUCA